GAAUACGUUUGAUAACUGAUUUGAUAAUCCUACGGAUGAGGAAUGAUUAGUAUUGCAAAUAUCCUUCGCGCUAAGAGCUCUCUUCGUUGACUGACUCCAUGUUCGGCAUGAAAUUUACAAAGUCUAGUCACCGACGGUAGCCCAAUCUAACCUUGAAGUGUAACAUUGUGGGCAAACACCUCACUUCUCAGUGAUAUAUUCACUACACCUUGAUCGAUCCGUGUCACUUGUCUAUUCAACUCGCCAGUCGAGCCCUGUACUCGAAGAACUGGCACUUUUGUUCACAAUGCAUUCACUAAUAUCUUUUACGCCACUGCUCUAUUCUACGCUUUGCAAUUUAUGAAGUUCGAAGAGCUUGCUUUUAUACUUUGUACGUUAGAGAACCAAUGACAUGCUAUCGGCAGCAGUCCAACCUCAAAUACCACACUGUGGAAGUUAGCUUCCACUUUUAUCUUUGAAUGUUAUGAAAACUCAAAUAUAACAUUGUCCAAUUAGAGUUGAAUACGUUUAGUCAUUGACUUCAUAACCCCAGAGGUUAGAAAUAUCUAAUAUUGAGAAUGUUCUUCGCGUCAACAGCCGACGUUGACAAUAGGCUGCAUCUCCAACAUAAAAUAAGCAAGUUAGGCCACGUAACCCAACCGGUCAUUGACAUAUGAUAGUUUAUGACAGUUAAACGUUAGUUCACGGAUAUAAAAUCAGGAAUGAAAUCAAACUAAUGAAACUCAUAAACGCUCACUGUUUUCUCGCAUGAAUUUCAGUUCACCGAUGCACUUUGUCGCACUCAAUUUCGUACGAUCUGAUCACUACGUGAAAUACGUUUUUCCGGUUCAAUAUACGAGCUCUCCGAAUGCCACGAGAAGACUGACCCGGACGGAACUCUGAAUGAACGCAGUUGCAAUUCGUGAUUCGAGGAUCGAAAAUCGAUUAUCGAUUAUACCGAAUAACGAAGGCCAGCAAUAUGGCGCCGAUUAGGGGUGCGUUCCACUAAGCGCUCACAACGAUCAAAAUGCUCCUUUAGUCGUUCCACAUAACGACCGCGGUCGUUGUGGUCGCGGCGAAAACGUCACUCAUGACGUCAUGACUUACGCUCACGCGAAGCUCACAACGACCCAUCUGAAAAGGUAGGUUGAAGUGAGCGUUGAGAAAAUUAGCGGCACUUUCAAAACUGAAAGCAACAAAAAUGGCGACCGUGAAACUUACAUUAUUUAAUGCGGAAAGAGAUAUUUUAGUAGAUGUGGAUGUUUCUGCAGCGGAUGCUCAACGUGCCUCAACAGAUACACUAUUUGCGACACAACUUUUGAACAAAGCUUUAAAUGAACAACCGCAAACAUCAACGUCCGCUGAUCUUGCUGAUGAAAAUGUUCAAUUUUCUGAUGAUGGCACUGAUAAUUUUAUUGAUGAAGAAUUCCUCAAUACAGAGGAUACUGCUUAUCCCAACUCUGAAACUCAAGAAAGUGAAGCAUUUGUUUACAUUUCAGCUUCUUUGUAUAGGUGGAGUACACCUUGUGUGUUGUUAUUAUUAGAGUCUUACAGGUCAAUGGAAAACGACUUUAAUAGUGGAAAAAUAUCCCAAAAGAAAGUUUGGGAAAAAGUUGCCAAAGAAUUGAAGGUAAAAGGACAUGAUGUGACUGGACCACAAUGUUCUUCUAAGCUACGAAGCUUAAAAAAGUCUUACAAAUCUAUCAAAGACCAUAAUAGUAAAUCGGGAAAUGACAGAAGGACUUGGCAGUUUUUUGACGUUCGUAUAAAUUCUUUAAUAUUCUUCUUAACUUCAACAUGUAGCGAAUUUUUUUAUAAUAAUACAGACCAUAUUUCUUUAAAAUUAUCGUAAUGUAUCACAAAUUUUAUUAGAUAAUGGUAGAAAUUUUUUCCAAAAAAGCUUGGUGUGAUCCAAUUGCUGUUGCAUCUUCCACAGGUCUAUCAAAAAAACAAUUAGAAAGUGAUGAUAGUAUGGGAGGAUCUGAUA